GGACACCUAUUUUUGAAUUAAAACAAAGAGCAGAAUAUCACUAUAAAUUUAAUACACAACAAAUGACAUAUACAACAGUAGAACUCCCAAAUACAAUAAUAGAAGAAGAAAAUUUAAUUUUUCAAUUUAUUAAAUCUUCUCCCUUGCGUGAUUUAUUAUUACAACAACAAAGCUUAUUACACCUUUCCUUAAAUUUGGAGUUUCAUACCAAUGAAUCACUUAUAUAUCUAGCUCUCCCUCAUUGGAAUUUGGAGCAUCAAUUAAAAAAAAAUUGGCCUUCUGCAACAUGUGCUGAAAUGGCUCCUGUAACAGCUGCUUUAUUAAUUGCACAUAAAGACUCCAAGGUUACUAUUUGCACAGAUAGUUAG